AUGGCAAGCGAUCCGUUUGACGACCUCCUGGAUCUUGAGAAUGACUAUUAUCAAGAAGGCUAUAAUGCUGGAGUAUCCGAUAGCACGUAUGCUGGCAUGAUCGAAGGCAAGGUCUUUGGCAUCGAGAAAGGUUAUGAAAAAGCCCUGGACCUCGGCAAGCUCCAUGGGCGCGCUUUGCUAUGGCAUGGGAGAUUUCAAGCUGUCCACCCAGAAGAGCCACCGCAAUCCGCGAUCUCAAGCCCCUCUGCGGAGUCACGACUGGGAGGGAUCAUCCGAACCCUUCCCCAAAUGCCUAAUAGUAGCCGACUGCAAAGGCACGUUGAAAGCUUGCACGCCACUUCUGAAGCCUCCACUAUUGCCAAAGACAACUCAGACGAAGCUGUAACGGAAUUUGAUGAUCGGAUUGCAAAGGCGAAAGCUAAAGCGAAAGUCGUCGCCAAUAUUGCGGGGGAGUCACUCAACCCUACUUCCACCUCAAAUGCCGGCAUUGAAGACGCUACAGGCCUGCAAGCACGACACUGA